GAAUCUUCAAAUGCUGGAACAGCUGAUACUGAGAGGGAAAUCCUUGAUAUUAAUGCAACGGGUGCUGUAAUAUUUGUCAUAACAGCAUCCACCUUUCUACUGCUACUCUACUUCUUUCUCUCAUCUUGGUUUGUCUGGGUGCUGAUUGUACUUUUCUGCAUCGGUUGUAUCGAGGGAAUGCAUGCUUGCAUAGUGACACUGAUAUCCAGAAUAUGCAGAAACUGUGGGCAGAAGAAUGUAAACCUUCCUCUUCUUGGGGAAACAUCCAUCAUCUCUAUUGCAGUAUUACCCUUCUGUAUGGCACUUGCCAUUUUCUGGGCUGCAAAUCAGCAUGCAUCAUAUGCCUGGAUCUUUCAAGAUUUUCUUGGUAUUUGUUUGAUGAUUACAGUCCUGCAAGUUGCUAGAUUGCCAAACAUAAAGGUGGCUUCGAUACUUCUUUGUUGUGCAUUUGUAUAUGACAUAUUUUGGGUCUUCGUGUCACCAUUGUUCUUUGGUGAAAGUGUUAUGAUUGCAGUUGCUCGUGGUGACAGUAGGAGUGGAGAAUCCAUUCCUAUGCUUUUAAAAUUCCCUCGAAUUUUCGAUCCGUGGGGUGGCUAUAAUAUGAUUGGCUUUGGGGAUAUUCUCUUUCCCGGUUUGCUUGUUUCCUUUACUUUCAGAUAUGACAGAUCAAAUAAAAAGGGAAUUCUAAAUGGAUAUUUUCUUUGGUCAACAAUUGGCUAUGGGAUUGGUCUUUUACUGACAUACCUUGGCUUGUAUCUAAUGAAUGGGAAUGGUCAACCUGCACUUCUGUACCUUGUACCAUGUACAUUAGGGACUGUUGUGGCACUAGGCUUGUGGAGGGAUGAGCUGAAUCACCUGUGGAACUAUGGGAGUUCACCAUCUAGUGAAUCGUCUGGAUCAGUUUGAAGCACUAGGUCAGUUUUUUUCUUAAAGAAGACAAGGGAGAUAUCCCCUUUGUAUCUGAUGAAGCUACCAAUGUACAAGAGAAUGCAUUAGCAGAUGCUAAUUCCUUCCUAUCAAGGUCACCUCAGUUUGAGAAAUGGAAUGGCACAUCGAUAAAACAAAUGAAGAAUUUUAAGGUCCAGGUGAGCAGUUAAUUAUUGUGUACUAUCUUUCCAUUUUUUCUGUAAGCAAGGCAUCAGGUUUGCCACUCUCACCUUGAUAUUGUAAUAUUUAGAAGUUGUUCCAGAUAAAUGAUUUUUAACUGUAAGAAUUUGUCAAUUAUUAUUGGAAUCCUUUGUAGAACAAUUGCAAUAAAACAAACAUUCUUUUGUCUUC